UUAAACCCUUAAGAUUGUGUUCUAGUAUGUGAAAAUCAUCAUUAAAUCAAUAAUUAUUCUAAGAAUUCCCUUUUUUGUGCACUGUAACUUAAAAAAAUGUUUUAUUAAAUUUUAGGUUUUAUUAUGUGUGGAAGUUUGAAAGGAAUAUUAGCUUUCAUACCCGUGAGUGUUCGGUUUGAUGAGAACCAAGAGCCAAAGAUUACACUCAAACAAAUGUGCAAAGUAUGGGAUGAAGAAGACAGCAUUUCUGUUGAUCACAUUUCUGUUUUGAAAAUUGCCUUGAAAAAAUAUGUGAUUAUUGCAGCUAAAAUGAAUGCUCUUGUGGGAUGCGAAAUUAUUCAAUUAGAUUCUUCCAUAGUCAUUAAAAAUGUCGGACAUUCCUAUGGUCUUCAUAGGUUACCAAUCACAGGAAUGACUGUGAUAGAUAAUGCAAUGCCUCAGUACAGAGUACUUAUCACAACAAUGGAAGGUCUUGUAAUUGAAAUUAAAGUUUCAUUAGGAAAUGAUGAAAUAAAAUUUCAGCAUGAAAAGAUAUCUGUUGAUCUGGAUUUGAAGAAUAAUAUGAUUAAAGGUUUAGGAGUUUCACCCAAUGGAUUUCUAUUUGGAUUGGUUUUAAA